CAGUGACGUCAGUACCACAUGUGUUUCUCCCGCUUCCGUCAUUUUGUCACUGUUGAUCAAAAAUUUGGUGUAAAUAACCAGAAAAAAGACAAAGGAAGACGAUCGGAGAAAUAAAGGGCUUUUGUAAAGAUGCCUUCUGAUGCCAAGAAGAAGCGAGACCAGAAGAAGAAAGAAGCCGCCAAGAACAAAGGUAAAAAGAGGACCGAGGACUCGCAGCAGAAUGGAGGGAUGGAAAACGGGAUCAGCAAUGGGGCAGAUAAAGAUGACGAAAUGAAUGAGCUUGCCAAGGAAUUGGAAGCAGUGGACGUGAAGGCCGAGUAUCGCUCUGUGACGGGGGUACUGUUGUCUCACCCUGACAGUCGAGAUGUUCAGCUAGGGAACGUGACUCUGACGUUCCAUGGAGCAGAACUUCUCUCUGACACUAAGAUAGAACUCAACGUCGGACGAAGAUACGGGUUAAUCGGGCUCAACGGCUGUGGUAAAUCUUCACUGUUGUGUGCCUUGGAGUGUAGGGAACUUCCUAUACCUGAACAUGUAGACAUUUAUCACCUCCGGCGCGAGAUCGAGCCCAGCGAUAAAACGGCUCUACAGUGUGUGAUAGAAGUGGACAAGGAGAAACUGAUGCUGGAAAAAGAGGCCGAAAUUCUGGCCACGAGAGAGGAUCAUGAAUCUCAGGAGCAUUUGAUGGAUAUAUAUGAGCGUCUUGACGACAUGGACGCGGACAAAGCCGAGGCCAAAGCCGGGUACAUCCUCCACGGACUGGGCUUCUCCAAGGAGAUGCAGAACACCGCCGCCAAACACUUCUCUGGAGGGUGGAGAAUGAGGAUAGCCCUGGCUCGGGCCCUGUACAUCAAGCCCUCGCUGUUACUACUGGACGAGCCCACAAAUCACCUUGAUCUCGACGCGUGUGUCUGGCUGGAAGAGGAACUCAAAACUUACAAAAGAAUUUUAGUGAUGAUUUCUCAUUCACAAGAUUUUAUGAAUGGAGUGUGUACAAAUAUCAUCCACAUGGUUAAUAAGAAACUGAAGUACUAUGGAGGUAAUUAUGAUGCCUAUGUACAAACAAGGAUGGAGUUGGAAGAAAACCAGAUGAAGAGGUACAAGUGGGAACAGGAUCAGAUCUCACACAUGAAGAACUAUAUAGCAAGGUUUGGACACGGUAGUGCUAAAUUGGCUCGCCAGGCUCAAAGUAAAGAGAAGACCCUGAAAAAGAUGGUGGACGGAGGUCUAACAGAGAGAGUCAGCAGGGAUAAGACAUUAACGUUUUACUUCCCUGACUGUGGCAAGUUACCUCCCCCUGUCAUCAUGGUCCAACACGUCAGCUUCAGAUAUAAUGAGUCCAAGCCCUGGAUUUACAAGGACCUGGACUUUGGUAUGGAUUUAGACACCCGAGUAGCUUUAGUUGGUCCUAAUGGUGCAGGAAAGUCAACACUUCUUAAACUUAUCGCUGGAGAGUUAAUACCUACGGAUGGACUAGUAAGAAGGCAUUCCCACCUGAAGAUAGGCAGAUAUCACCAGCAUUUACAAGAACAUCUAGACAUGAACAUGACGGCCUUAAACUGGAUGAUGAAGUCAUUCCCAGAAAUCAAGGAGCGGGAGGAGAUGAGGAAGAUCAUUGGUCGAUACGGUCUCUCAGGGCAACAACAGAUUGUACCGAUGAAGAACUUGUCUGAUGGACAGAGAUGCCGAGUUAUCUUUGCCUGGUUGGCGUGGCAGAACCCCCACAUGUUACUACUGGACGAACCGACCAACCAUCUGGACAUUGAGACCAUCGACUCACUCGCUGACGCCAUCAACGACUUCGACGGUGGGCUGGUACUCGUUAGUCACGACUUCAGGCUUAUAUCACAGGUUGUGGAUGAGAUUUGGAUCUGUGAGAAACAGACUGUCACGAAGUGGGAAGGGGACAUUUUUGAAUACAAAGAAGCACUGGCCAAGAAAGUCCGCAAACAGAUCGCCAAAAUGAGGGAAGGUUGACAACGUGAUUAAACUAGCUUUAUUGUUUUUAUAAUUAAAUUAUUGCAUACUCUUUAUUUUCCUCGGUUUAAAUUCCUUUUAUUUAAAUUGGUGCAAGUCUUUCAAAGAUGAACAUUCUGUAUGAAUCAUGGUAUGAUGGUUUUGCAAAGAGAGAAAAAAAAGAGUAGAUGAUGUUUUUUGGUCAGUAAUUGCUGUAUAGUUUUAAAAAGUUGUGAGAGCCACAUAGUGGAAAUGGUGGAUUUCAAAGAAAGUAAAAAAAAAAAACAAUGUUAAAAAUAAAAUGGUUUGCAUGAUAUUUUUUUAAAUUCAUGCUUUAUACACCUGCUUUAUAUGACUGUUCUAAGAUUGAACAAAAUGAAUUUUGAGAAUAUUUGUCUCUGGUUUCUUGUCACUUUUAAAAGUUUACAGUGAUAAGGAAAAAAAAUGUUACAGUGUAAAAUUUCUAUCUUGAUUACUCUUCAUGGUACAUGUACUGUUUUGAUCCCUUGCUUAAAAAAAAAAACUGGAUUUAACCUGUCAAUUAUUUUAACAAAUUAAGACAAUUGAUCUCUUUGAAAUAUUUAAAAAAAAAAACUUUACUACACAUAUUUUACUUACUGUAUAAAAUUGAAAUUUUUUGUUCCUGGGUUUGUUAUAAAUGCCUGCAACAACAUGAAUGAUUUGUUCAAUGUUGCCAACAAUAAACAAAAAUUAGAAAACUUU